AUGAUGAUUCUAAUUAUACUUUCUCUUAAUAUUUUUCUGCAGGCGUUCGUGGCCUCCGAGUCGGCGCAGGAAAAUUCGGCGCUCGAAGAAAAAAGUCACGCUGCUUCCAGAAAUCACAUAACACACAUAUCACAUAUAACGACCGAUAAUGUGACGUACCUCGACAAGUCUGAAAAUCUGCUGCGCAUACCAAAGAAAUAUGACGACGGAAAGCGUAAGCGGAAAACAAUCAAAAAAGUCCCGAAGAGGACUGUACAGAAGAUAAUAAAAAAGUCGAAAUCUAAAUUUAAGAGGAAUUUUUAUCAAGCGACGGUGUUGCCCACACAAGUGUCCAACCUGAUACAAGACUCCUUGACCGAUAAGACCGAUGGGGCGACUACAGAAGUCAAUCAAAGGAAAAAAUCAAAGAAAAAUUUAAAAUUAAUGAGAUAUCCUAUGCCGUUCCAGAAGCUUCCGUUCCAUAAUAGAUAUAGGAGAGAUAACGAAAGGGAGGUCUAUAUAUUGAAAGACUUGGACGAAAUCCAAUUUUUUAGUAAAGAAGAUGGAUACGACGCAGUAAAGGCACAUGUUAAACAGUACUGG